AGCUGUGUGCUGCCGAUAAGCAGAGUAAGGAUGGGCCUCAUGUCAGCGAUCUAUUACAGGCAGUGUAGUUAAGGACUUUUCCUUUCUCUGUUCUCUCUUUGCUGUGUCAUGUGAAGUGUGACACCUAAGGCCAGCCGUAACACCUGUCACCUUUCUUUACACAUGAGACUCGAACAUGCAACACCACAAACUCUGUCAUAAUGAAUUGUGACGUGUUUAUUUGGAAGAACUGGUAUUUCCCCCAAAAAUCCAAACUCUCCUUUGACCUUCUCAUCUGACACGAAUCACGUGAUCAGAGACGAAGAGCACUGAAAGUGCUGUGCAAUGAGGCAGAGAUGUAAUCGCUGCGUUUACCAUGUGAGUCAGCACUUUGUUAAAAGGCCACCUGCUGUCAGAUGUGGCAGCAGAUGGAAGUGGAGCUUGGCUGGAGAUCUGAACUGGCUUAAUGAAAGCCUAAAUGACUCUUGGCCACAGAAAGAGAGAAGCUUGCAGCUCCAUACACGCUUAAGGGUGAGGUCGAGCUGGAUGGGAGGAGCCGGUGAAGAGCAGAAAGAGUAAAGAAAAAGACAGACACAGGUGUGGAGGAGGAGUGAAAGGACAGAGGGAGAAGAAGAGGAGAGCCUGAGAUUAUGCAACAGUAAAAAGCAGCUCGCUCUUCAUGCCAGUUUGAGGACGCAGCAGAGACAAACCACCCAGGUUUCAGCUGAAAGACGAUGGCAGAGGACAAACCAUUGGCUCUGAUCUCAGAGGUGGGCGAGCAGGGUUUCAUCGACGAGGUCACUGACAUAAUAAAACAACACUUCAACAUAAUCUGCCUCAGAGACUUUCUACAAAACCCCCCGCAGCACGGCCCAAAGAUCCAGGCCAUACUGAUGUGGAACACCUACCCUGCAGCCGAGCCGUCGCUGCUCAGCUCGCUUCCAUCACUAAAAGUGGUCGCCAAUGGAGGAGUGGGCAUCGACCACCUGGAUGUCCCGUACAUCACCAGUCUCGGGGUGAAGGUGGCCAACACGCCCGGCGUGGUGAGUGACGCCACUGCAGAUAUGGCCAUGGGUCUGCUGCUGGCAUCCGCAAGAAAGAUAGUUGAAGGUCACCAAAUAGCUGUUGACCCCAACACUACCAGUAUACCACAAAGCCUGAUGGGAGUCGAAGUCACCGGGUCGACUCUGGGGAUCAUCGGAAUGGGACACAUCGGAUACAAAAUUGCUCAGAGAAGCAAAGGGUUUGAUAUGAAGAUCCUGUAUCACAACAGACACAGAAGGAGCAUUGAAGAUGAGCAGUCAGUGGGGGCGAGUUACUGUGAGAACAUGGAUGACCUGCUGAGGGAGUCCGACUUUGUUGUGCUCGUUGUCAACCUUUCCCCUGAAACCAAAGACCUGAUCAGCCACAGGGAGCUGUCCCUAAUGAAACCCACUGCAACCUUGGUCAACGUCAGCAGAGGUCUGGUUGUUGAUCAGGAUGCUUUAGUCAAAGCUCUGCAGUCUGGAGAAAUUCGAGCAGCAGCUUUAGAUGUGACUCAUCCUGAACCUUUACCCAGGGAUCACCCUCUCCUCAGCCUGCCUAAUGUACUCAUCACACCCCACGUUGGCACCUACACCUAUGCUACAACAAGACGGAUGGUUCAGUGCAUGGUGGAUAAUGCCGUAGCAGCUGUGAAUGGCCUACCUGUUCCCAAUGAAGUCAAGCUGAAAUGAUUUUAAUUAAUAUUGCCAAGAAUUUUUUCUAUUUUUCUGUCCCUCCUAUAAAAAGGUGAGGUGGUGUUAGUUAGAGAUUUAUUUUUGGCUCUUUGAUUUCAUUAUGGACACUUGUUGAGCAACAAACUGUAAAAACGUAGGUUUUUAUGAAGAAUAGGAUAAUAUUCCUGCUAUAGGAUAAACAAAGAUUCCUGUGUUGAAUUUUUGACUUCCUCUAAGAAAACUCAAUGACUGUUGAAACUUUAAUUAGUUUGAGGGAAAACUGUUUCAUGUUCACAUUAGCAAAAAACUUGCUAUAAAAGUCAAAGAACGAAAGAAAAGUUGCAGCUUGAAUGCAACCACUCUUAGUUUAUUAAUCCAGUAUGUAUGUGAAGUAUGAAUGUUUAAUUAUUAACUUCUUCUUCUUUUUUUUACAUGUCACAUGUUUUUAGAGUAUGUUGAUAUCAUUUCAGUGGAAAACAUGUUGAAUUAUUAUUAUAAUUUUUACUCAUUAUUAUUAUUACUCACUUCCUACUAACACAAGGCCUUUUAGGUGGGUGGAAAGUCUUUUUGGGGAAGUUGCAAGGCUGAUAUGUGAGUGCUUGUCCUUAUGAGUGACCAUCUUUUCCUGUUUGGAACCAGGCUGAUAACUCUGACCAUGGUGCCCUUACGCCCUGGACUGCAGGCCAGAAUUAAAUCUGCAACUUUGAAAGAAAAAAUAAAUCUUGUGUACCCUAUUUUCAGUGUGAAUGUGGUGGUUUUCUACUGGUCACUAUUGGAACUCAUUUCUUUCU